AUGGUUGUUGUCUUGGCAGAUGGACCGGCGGAGGAUCUGUACGGCAUGUUCAUCAACAAAGUCCGGCGCGAGCGCCCGCCCGAGAUGCUGGAAGAAGUCAGGGGGCUUACAAAGUGGGUGCCGCCGCCGGUCAAGAUGACAAGAAGCUUUGUUGAGGAGAACAUCAACAGGUCCCGGAAGAGGAUGGACGUCGCUGCCUUGGACAUGCUGCAGUUCCAUUGGUGGGACUAUGCAAAUCCCGGAUAUCUAGAUGCACUAAAGCACAUCACAGACCUGAAGGAGGAAGGCAAGAUAAAGACUGUAGCUCUGACGAACUUCGAUACAGAGAGGCUGCAGAUAAUCCUAGAAAAUGGAAUACCAAUUGUCAGCAACCAGGUUCAACAUUCUAUUGUGGAUAUGCGCCCGCAGAAAAAGAUGGCAGAGCUUUGCGAGCUUACCGGAGUCAAGCUUAUAACGUAUGGCACGGUGAUGGGCGGCCUCUUGUCCGAGAAGUUCCUCGACACCAACAUCAACAUACCUUUCGCCGGACCUCCUCUGAACACCCCAUCCCUGCAGAAGUACAAGAGGAUGAUCGACGCUUGGGGCGGCUGGAGCCUGUUCCAGGCCCUGCUCCAGACAUUGAAGAAGGUGUCGCUGAAACACGGCGUCCCCAUCUCGACCGUCGCCGUAAGAUACAUCCUGAACCAGACAUCGGUGGCGGGGUCGAUGGUGGGCGUGAGGCUGGGUCUCUCGGAGCACAUCAGGGACACCAACGCCAUCCUGUCGCUGCUGCUGGACGAGGAGGACAUGGGCAGCAUCACCGAGGCGUCGCAGCGGGGCAGGAACCUGAUGGAGGUCAUCGGCGACUGCGGCGACGAGUACAGAGCCUAG